GUCGACUUUUUUUUUUUCGUGUCUAAACCCAGAUUUUCUUAUCCAGUACUAGUGAACUAUUCAAUUUAUUUAUUGAUAAAAUCUAUCUCAUAUGACUCUGAUAAAAUGGAGUAAAGUUUAAUGGCAGAGGUGCAUGUUAUCGGACAGGUAACUGAAGCAAAAGAAUUUCCCAAACAGGAAUUGUUUUGUAAAUGGUAUCUACAAGCUGGUAAAAACUGGAAAGUGAUAGAAGGCAAACAGGAAGGCCAAACUCAAGUCUCCUCUUCACAAUUCACCGAAACUUGCAAUUGGUCUUAUCCAAUCGAUAUUCACUUGGCUACUGCUGGAAUCCAAGGUUGGCCCAAAAUCUACCUGGAAGUUUACCACUUGGACUGGUUCAAUAGAGCCCAUCUGUUCGGCUACGGACUGGUAACAAUUCCGACCAGUCCAGGACGACAUACUUUGGACUGUUACACUUGGAGGCCGAUAGGAACGCUCAGAGACCGAUUUGUCCAGUACUUUUUGGGCGGUGGCUCUCAACUUAAAUAUCCCGAUUUGAUUUUUUCUCCCGAAAAACGAACGAUGUGGACCAAAAUAAUCAUCAUAACACUGAUUUGUGCCAUGGAAUCAUCUACAAAGAAACCAACUAAACCGUCAACUACCUUAUCAACAACAGAGAAUAUCGAUUUUAGCACCUUAUCAACAACGAUCGAACCUCCAAAUAUCAGUACAUUGGCCAGUUGUGAUAGUAGUAAUAGCACUGAUAAUUCUGAUAAUUGUACGCAAUCAAUUAAUGCAACGGCACAAAUUGAUACAAAUUCAAAUAGUACAAAAAAUAGUAAUGCUACUAAGAAGAAUGAUCAUAAGAAAUAUAAUAAGGAAAUUAGUAUUUGCGCUUGCAAUUUACAGGUUUUUCAAGCAUUCCAAGAUAAGUUUGGAUUUUAUUCCGAGACUGUUAAGUGCUUUAAUCGACUCUUGACUAUGCAGAUACGGUCACCGAUGUAUCCCCUCCUUAACCUUAACCUUAACCUUAACCUUAACCUUAACCUUAACCUUAACCUUAACCUUAACCUUAACCUUAACCUUAACCUUAGCCUUAACCUUAACCUUAACCUUAACCUUAACCUUAACCUUAACCUUAACCAACCCACUAAAAAAAACUUUAAGUCAAGAGAAAUCGAAUGGUGCAAACCGCAGGGCGAUAUUUGCGAUAUGAAUUGUUGCUGCGACCCUGACUGCUCCGUCACAGAAAAAUCCGUGUUCAAAUAUUGCAAAAUUGACGAAAAUAGAUAUUUUGACGAUAGAUAUUGUAAUUACAUUGAGCAAAUUUACGUCAACAAUACAAUUUUUGAAUGGGAAGUAAAUCAAGACGGUCUAUUUUGUGCAAUUAGUAACAAUUUGCCUAAACUGAAUUUAAUCCAAAACGAAAAGCCAUUUAGUUCACUGGAAGAACACCGACCGAAGGUUCAUUUUUGGAAAAACCAUCAUAAUAAUCAACAGGAAUAUUCAAAGAAACUUAAAAACUACAAGUUUGGAGAUCCAAUAAUGAUAGUUAAUAACGAUUCUACAAUUAAUAUAAUGACCAUUCCUAAAAACUUUCUAAUUGACACUUGUGUACUCAAAGAAGAUGUUUUGUACCUGAAAAAUGACGAGGGCACUUGUAGUCAGUUCAACAUAGACGAAAAUAAUGCUAUGCUGUCGUUUGCCACGUAUUUUCAAGAUUUCAAAGUAAUCAUUGAACCACAAUUGGUAAACUUGACAAAAUGGAAACUGGAUUUUUAUAUGGUAAAUUGGCUAAACUGGGAUUUUUCUGGUUAUUGUCCAAAUUGCCCAAAGAACAUCUGCAUCGAAAUAGAACCAAAACUUUGCGACAUUCAUUUAACUAAAUGCUCUCGACUGGAACCAAACACAAACAUUAAAUUUCAAUGCUCUUUCAAUUUAACAAACAACUUAAACAACUGCCAAAACGCCAUAAGAAAAAUCUAUUACAAAUUUUACCAUAACGCCACUCAUUUACAUAGAAUUGAAGUUUUGGGCGCUUUAAGUAAUUUCAGUUAUCACUCCGGCAGCGGUUAUCAAUUUUCUCAAGACUUUUUGAUGGAAUUUUUAUGGAUAAAUCACACUAAGCAUAACUAUUCGAAAAUAUUUAGUGGAAAUCCGGGCUAUAUUUUUGGAAAACCCAUUCUAAAAGGAAUAAAAUUGUUUAAUGGAACUAUGCAAAGAAACUCUAGUGAGUUUAUAGACAAUUUUUUGGUUGUUCCCAAAAAUAUUGAUGGAACAUGUGUUAAGAAUCAGACGUUUUAUACUCCAAUAGAGUUUGGUUAUAAUCUAAUAACAAAAUGCUCAAUUACAAUUGGGAAAAGUUUAAAAAACAUAAAAAAUAAUGCAUCAGAAAUAUGCAAAGAUAUUCAAAAGAAUGUUAUAUUUGAUUUAUGGAAUAUUCCAACUCAGAAAAAUCACUCUUUAAUAUUUGGUACUUUUGGUAACGCUUUGCCAGAUAAUUGGAAUGAAGUUUCCUAUGAAAUGAAACCUAAUUUACUCCUUAAUAAUAUACAGGGUAAAUUUUUGAAUAAUAAAAAUACCACUUUAGUUUGUUACAAUUUAUCUAGAUUAAUUGAUAUAGAAAUAUUUUAUUCUAGACUAGAUUUAAAGAGCGUUUUGAACCAAAAUAAGAUUUUAGGAGUGAAUUUUGGUUUUAACGAUUAUUUUAAUCAGACUUUUGAUGUUUUGUGCAAAAAUUUAUUACUAGAAGUGACUAGCCGAGUCAGUUUUUACGAUUUUACUAGAAAAAAAGUGAAAAAGUUUGUCGAUGCUCCUAAUUUUGAAGUACGGUUGCCACAUGACUUUUUCUAUCCAUUUAUUAAGGUUGGUAAUACUGGAGGAAUGUUUAUAUUGCCAAAUUAUGCACUUUUUGUAACUACUGCCAUUGGCUGUUUUUCGUUGUGGGCGGAGCUUGUUGAGGGCAUCGGCCAAACAUAUAAAAAGAGCCAUUUUCAGGCCAAAGCAGUCAGUUCUUCUCAGACAGUGAUCGAGUCUUCAACUCACCUGCCUGCCCCGUUUUCCACGUUGGAGACAAGGACAGCUCUCACCUCCCUUGUACAACAGUAA